AGGGAAGGAAACGAGAGGGGGGAAGGCCUGCGUUUUUUGCGAGGGAGCCCCAGCGUGUAUGUUUGUAAUUUACAGUUGCGCUCGCUCACAGGGACCAUGUGGUUUACACUGAGGAGAAGCCAUCUCCCCUCACAGGACUGGCAAGGUGCCCGCGGCUGGACCAGUCUCAAUGCGACAGUGUCCUUGUGGAUAUUAACUUUCUGCUGGUUCUCCGGGGCCACGCGAGGACAAAACUACCACCCCACUGUGAACACGCAGUAUGGGAAACUGCGGGGGGUGAGGGUGCCCCUGCCUAGCGAGAUCCUGGGGCCUGUGGACCAAUAUCUGGGGGUGCCAUAUGCUGCCUCCCCGGUGGGGGAGAAGCGCUUUCUGCCCCCCGAGCCCCCUUCCUCCUGGUCCGGGAUCAAGAAUGCCACACACUUCGCCCCCGUCUGCCCGCAAAACAUUCACAACGCAGUGCCAGAGAUCAUGAUGCCCAUAUGGUUCACCUUUAACCUGGAUAUAGUUGCCACGUAUAUACAGGAUCAAAACGAAGACUGCCUGUAUCUAAACAUCUAUGUUCCCACUGAGGAUGUCAAAAGGAUAUCCAAGGAAUGUGCCAGGAAACCCAACAAGAAAAUGUGUAGAAAAGGAGGCACCAAUGCAAAAAAACAGGGCGAGGAUUUAUCCGAUAACGACGGUGAUGAAGACGAAGACAUCCGAGACACCGGGGCCAAGCCCGUGAUGGUCUACAUCCACGGGGGAUCCUACAUGGAGGGGACGGGCAACAUGAUCGAUGGCAGCGUUCUGGCCAGCUACGGGAACGUCAUCGUGAUCACUCUCAACUACCGCGUCGGCGUCCUGGGCUUUCUGAGCACAGGCGACCAGGCGGCGAAGGGUAACUACGGUCUCCUGGACCAGAUCCAGGCCCUGCGUUGGAUUAGCGAGAACAUCGGCUUCUUCGGCGGCGACUCCAACCGCAUCACCGUGUUCGGCUCCGGCAUCGGAGCCUCCUGCGUCAGCCUGCUCACCCUAUCGCACCACUCAGAGGGCCUGUUCCAUCGAGCCAUCAUCCAGAGCGGUUCGGCCCUGUCUAGCUGGGCGGUGAACUACCAGCCGGUCAAAUACACCCGUCAUCUGGCGGAGAAGGUGGGCUGCAACGUCCUGGACACGAUGGACAUGGUGGACUGCCUGCGGAAGAAAGGCUGGCGGGAGCUGGUGGAGCAGGACAUCCAGCCCGCGCGCUACCACGUGGCGUUCGGGCCGGUGAUCGACGGCGACGUCAUCCCCGACGACCCCGAGAUCCUCAUGGAGCAGGGCGAGUUCCUCAACUACGACAUCAUGCUGGGCGUCAACCAGGGCGAGGGCCUGCGCUUCGUGGAGAACGUGGUCGACUCCGAGGACGGCGUGUCGGGCAACGACUUUGACUUCUCCGUGUCGGACUUCGUGGACAGCCUGUACGGGUACCCGGAGGGCAAGGACACCCUGCGGGAGACCAUCAAAUUCAUGUACACGGACUGGGCCGACCGGGACAACCCCGAGACGCGGCGCAAGACCCUGGUGGCGCUGUUCACCGACCACCAGUGGGUGGAGCCGUCGGUGGUGACGGCGGAUCUGCACGCCCGCUACGGCUCGCCCACCUACUUCUACGCCUUCUACCACCACUGCCAGAGCCUGAUGAAGCCGGCGUGGUCGGACGCGGCGCACGGCGACGAGGUGCCCUACGUGUUCGGGAUCCCCAUGAUCGGCCCCACCGACCUGUUCCCCUGCAACUUCUCCAAGAACGACGUUAUGCUCAGCGCCGUGGUUAUGACCUACUGGACCAACUUCGCCAAGACUGGAGACCCCAACAAGCCGGUGCCCCAGGACACCAAGUUCAUCCACACCAAGGCGAACCGCUUCGAGGAGGUGGCCUGGUCCAAGUACAGCCCCCAGGACCAGCUGUACCUGCACAUCGGCCUGAAGCCGCGCGUGCGCGACCACUACCGCGCCACCAAAGUGGCCUUCUGGAAGCACCUGGUGCCCGAGCUGUACAACAUCAACGACAUGUUCCACUACACCUCCACCACCACCAAAGUGCCGCCGCCCGAGACCACCCAGAACACCCUGUCCACCAAGCGGACCGCCUGGCCCUUCAACACCAAGCGGCCCCCCAUGUCGCCGGCCUACAACAGCGAGGACAAGGACGGCUGGAGCGAGGAGGGCGAGGAGCCCGGCCCCCUGGUGGUGGAGAACCCGCGGGACUACUCCACCGAGCUCAGCGUCACCAUCGCCGUCGGCGCCUCGCUGCUCUUCCUCAACGUGCUGGCCUUCGCCGCGCUCUACUACCGCAAGGACAAGCGGCGGCAGGACUCUGGCCGCGGGCCGCCCAGCCCCCAGGGGCGGCAGGGCGGCGGGGCCAACGACAUGGGCCACCACGGGCCGGAGGAGGAGAUCAUGUCGCUGCAGAUGAACCAGAGCCACCACGAGUGCGAGGUGCAGGGGGGCAACGGCAACAGCGAGGCGUCCCUGCGGCUGGCCUCCCUGCCCGACUACACGCUCACCCUGCGGCGCUCGCCCGACGACAUCCCCCUGAUGACGCCCAACACCAUCACCAUGAUCCCCAACUCGCUGGUGGGCAUGCCCAACCUGCACCCCUACAACACCUUCACGGCCGGCUUCAACUCCACGGGCCUCCCCCACUCCCACUCCACCACGCGCGUAUAG